AUGUCUUUGGAUAUCAUAAGAGUAAUUGCCCGAGACAGUGCUCCGGAACCGUACACUCUAACGGGGACCGCACUGGUCGAAGUCACUCUAACCGAUGAGAAUGAUGAGGCCCCUAUGAUACAUGUGAUGCUUCUACGACCCCCGUCCGGCAGUGAAAUGCGUAGCGUGUUGGCUUCCCCGACCGAUCCGGCCACUUAUCAGGCCACAUUGGGCGGAAGUGCAAAAUUUCUGGGCGAGUACACCACAAGCAUCAACGAGAACCCUCCACCGGAAUCCAUUAUUGCUUAUAUUCAGGUGACGGAUCGUGAUCAUCAUGGACAGGAUCAAGUUCAUUGUCGUCUUGGACCAACCGACAACUUCACUCUUCAACUAGAUCCAGUGGGGGCGCAGUACUCUCCGUCUGCUGCACAAACCAACUACGCUAACCCCCUGGCGGAUGGUUCAAAUACGUUGAACAGGCAAGAUUUUCGUCUGGUCACCGACACUGGAUUAAGCGGUUAUUCCAGUUCCUUUCAUCCUUUAGAUCGUGAAGUGACCCCGGUCCAGCGGGUCACAAUCACAUGUACAGAUAGUGUGGGCAAUGCUGCAUACGUGCACAUUCACGUGAAUCUGUUGGAUGUGAAUGAUCAUGAACCGGAGUUUAUCAACGGUGGCCAAUUCGCUUUUCAGUUGGCUGAAAAUCAGGAGCUAAAUGGUGGUAAACCGUUGUGGUUGGGUCGCACAAUGGCCAUAGAUAAGGAUGUGGGAGAGAAUGCACUCAUUACGUAUCAGCUUAGACACGAUGAGACCGGAUUAGAGACCAGCAAUUCAGGCGAUGGAAGUGGAUUUGAAAGUCAUCCUGGUCGCUGGUUUGAGUUAGAUUCACAAACAGGCAAUUUGUACGCAAAAACUGUAUUCGAUCGAGAAGCUGCUCCGUCGGGUGGAGUUUAUCGAUUACACGUUUUGGCUAUUGACAAUGGCUCUCCUCGGCUUACUGGCACGGCCACAGUGGAGGUGUUUAUUCUAGACGUCAAUGACUGGGCUCCACAAUUCACGAAAGAUGUGUACACAUUCAGCGUGCCUGAGGAUGCUCGGAUUCAGGAAGUAAUCGGGAUGGUCGAAGCAGUUGACAGAGAUGCGGACAGCCAAGGAAAAAUCACAUAUCAUCUAGUUCCGCACACGCGACAAAAUCGAGCCCUUGAUGGUCCAGGUGCAUCAGAUGUAAAUCGACUGCGGUCAACCAGACAGGCUGUCUUAGCUCCAUCUAAUUCUCCGGAAUCCAAUGAAAUUUCGGUAACCGAGGUAACCGAGUCGCUGGAUGAAUCUACAAUCUCAAAUGGAAAACCAUCCAGAUCUUCAGACACAAAUUCAGAUAUUUCAGAUCCCGGAAACUUUUACGCUCCGGUCAGUUUAGAGAAGAGCAAUUUGGCAUAUUUUAGUGUAGAUCGUUUGACAGGGAAAAUCCGGUUGAUUCGACGAUUAGAUCGCGAAUCGAUUGCGUUUUUUUCCCUCGAGAUCGUAGCGACAGAUGCACCACCUGUCUCGGUUCUACCUGUGCAACACCAAAUCAUCGGAUCUUCAACUGACACCCGAAAUCAUUCCGCAAUUACAAGAACACAACUCGGACCGCAAUCUCUGUCGACCUCAACAACAGUUGUAAUUGUGGUCACUGAUGUGAAUGACAACGCCCCGGUGUUUCGACGUCCAAACACAUCCACAGCCAUUCAGUUACGCUUGCACGAGACACUGGGACGUCAACUGCUAAUCAUCGAAGCCACAGAUGCUGAUGAAGGAGAGAACGCUCGAGUCACAUAUCACAUCCGAUCGGAGGUUCCUCCACCUCCAGACGGACCAGGCACGGGAUUUUUUGCCGUGGAUGAAACAAGUGGUGUGCUAUUUCUAGCUAAGUAA